AUGGCUGCGAAGGCGAGGAAACAGAAAGCCAAAGAGCCGGAGGAGAAAUUUGAUUUGAAAGCGUUUGAUUUUCCAAUGGAGGAGGCGAAAGGCCACACUUCGGAGGACGAUGGAAGAGAUGCCACCCCGUUUGUUGACAAGUUGGCUAAGAAGAGAAGCUCAGCUGAACUGGAGGAAGAGGCGUUAGAUGCUCCUGCUGUGGGGAAUGAGGUCCAGACCAUGUUGGAGAGAUUUGGGGCGGAUAUCAGCAAGGUGAUGCAGGCCAAGAGAAAACGUCUGGAGUCCCUGACGAAGAACUCCCUGAAGGGAAGUCACCACAAACUGGAACAGCUGUGGAAAAUCCAGUAUGGGCAGAGGCAGAAGCUGACCCAAGACUAUUCCCAGCAGGUCUCCUCUGUGCUACAGCAGUGGGAGACAGAAGCACAGAGAGCUGAGGAGCAAGAGGAGAAGCUUAAUAAUCUUCUUAGACAGCAGCAGAAACUUCUCCAGCAAGCCAAAGUAGCACAGAGCCAGAGACUGAAAUCCAUCAAAGAACUGUAUGAGCAGUUUGUGAAGAAUAUGGAAGAGAUGGAGAAGAGCCACGAGGCCUUUCUGCAGGGGGCACAGCAGGAACUGAGGAAAGAGAUGGCAACACUGCAGAAAAAGAUCCUCAUGGACACGCAACAACAGGAGAUGGCCACAGUCCGCAAGUCUCUCCAGUCCAUGUUGUUCUAGUCUGCUGUCACCAUGAUAACUGACUGACUGCCUCUAAAUUUGAAAAAGGCAGUGUUUACCAA